AUGUCGGACCACCCUGCCUGUGGGGAGAUGGUCUGUGUUGGAACACUGAAUCUGGUUGAAGAAUAUGUGGUUGCAUGAACAAUGUGUGUAAUGCCACAUUCCCGGAAAACACCAGUUCAUAUGGAGAGACCACCAAGUCCCUCUGCCUCCCAGCUCCUCAGCUGCCUCCUCGCUCUAGCCUUCCUCCAGCUGCCUGCUCAGGUGUCAGGGAAUACUGACAAGUUCUACCUGGCCCCACUCGGGGGCAGAGCCGAGCUGCCCUGCCCCAUCUUGCUCUGGCCAGGCAUGGUGCUCAGCGAGGUGAGGUGGGAACGGCCUACACACCUGCCUCGCACACAAGCUGUCCACGUGUUCCGGGAUGGGCAGGACAGUGAUGAAGAUCUGAUGCCAGAAUACAAGGGCAGGACCACGCUGGUGAGAGAUACGCACAAGCAAAGUUACAUUCUGUAUAUCAGUAACGUGAGGCUCGAGGACCGAGGGCCGUACCAAUGCCAGUUCCGGAUCGGAAACCAGAGUCAAGAGGGCAACGUGACCCUGCAAGUGGCAGUUUCAGGCUCUGAUCCCUUCAUCCACGUGAAGAGCUAUGAUGCUGGCUGGAUCCAGCUGGUGUGCUGGUCAAUGGGAUGGUUCCCAAAGCCAUGGACCGAGUGGAGAGACGCUCAGGGCAGAGUGCUCCUGUCGCUCUCAGAGACCCACUCCCUGGAUGAAACUGGGCUAUUCCGAACAGCAGUGUCCAGCCGCGUCAGGGACAGCACUCUGGGGAAUGUGUCCUGCACUGUCCGUAAUGAGAUCCUUGGCCAAGAGAAGACCACGGCCAUGGUUAUUGCAGCCCCAGCUCCUGGAAGUCUGUCCUCUCCAGCGGUGGCUCUCUCUGUGGUCCUGCCUAUCUUGGGACUCAUUAUCCUUCUUGGCAUUUGGCUCAUCUGUAAACAAAAAAGAUCAAAAGAGAAGCUUCUGUACGAACAGGUGAUGGAGGUAGAAAAUCUUCUGGAAGACCACGCCAAAGAAAAAGGAAGACUCCACAAAUCCCUCAAGAAGCUCCGGAGUGAACUGAAGUUGAAAAGAGCCGCUGCCAACGCAGGUUGGAGAAGAGCCCGGCUGCAUUUUGUGGUGGUGACCCUGGACCCUGACACAGCCCAUCCCAAACUCAUCCUGUCUGAGGAUCGGAGAUGCGUGAGGCUUGGCGACAAGAAGCGGUCCGUUCCCGACCACCCUCAGAGGUUUGAUUUUGUCGUCAGCGUGCUUGGCUCUGAGUACUUCACCACUGGCUGUCAUUACUGGGAGGUGUACGUGGGCGAGAAGACCAAAUGGAUCCUUGGCGUGUGCAGUGACUCCGUGAGCAGGAAGGGCAAGGUCACGGCCUCACCCGCCAACGGCCACUGGCUCCUGCGGCAGAGCCGUCGGAAUGAGUAUGAAGCUCUCACGUCCCCGCAGACCUCCUUCCGUCUGAAGGAGUCUCCAAAGUGUGUGGGGGUUUUCUUGGACUAUGAAGCGGGAGUCAUCUCCUUCUACAACGUGACUGACAAGUCCCACAUCUUUACGUUCACCCACAGUUUCUCUAGCCCCCUUCGUCCUUUCUUUGAACCUUGUCUUCACGAUGAGGGGAAGAACACGGCACCUCUAGUUAUUUGUACCGAGCUGCAGAAGUCAGACGAAUCGGUUGUCACCAAACAGGAGGGAAAAAGCCGUGCUAAUGGAGACGUGACCCUGAAGGUGAAUCCGUCCUUACUCUCUCCUCAGGGUUCUGAGCUUUUUCCAGUCAACGAUACCUGGCCCUCUAGCCUCGGCCCUGCUCUUCAGGGGUUCAAGGCUCCUUCUCUGUAGGGCUGUGCCCUGUGAUCUGAUGCACGCACGUGAGCAUCUUCUAGCCUGGCACCCUGGACUCUGUCUUCUGGCCCAGCAUCUGUUUCUCCAGUACCUCUGGUCCAAAUCCAGACCCUUCUGUGGCUUCUGUUUGUACCACCUUUCUCCUAGGGUUCAAUUCUGAACACUGCCUUUUUUUUUCUGGAGACUGUACAUUCCCAUUGCCCUGGUGGAUGACUUCUUGAUAUGAACAGCGCUCACUCAGUGGAGGUUUAGUAGGAGAUGUUGGCUGUAUCUCAGCAGUGUUCAGUGCAAGCUCAGGAGACAGGCUCUGUACCUGAGGGAAUCCUGACAGGAACUUCUCACAACGUCAAUGGGUUUUCAGUAGUGAAGCUACAGCCCCAGACUCUGGCUUUUCCAUCAAAGACUGUUCUUCUCUACCCCCGACCCUGCCCCCAGUUCAGGCCUCCAACUCCCAAAGCCAGCUUUUUACAAGUGUAUGUCUUAUGAAUCACACAUCCUCCCUUCUUUGUUCAGGAUUGAAGCAGAGGAGUCAACACUCCAUUGUUUUCUAUUUCCUUCACGCUGUUGACAGCGCAGUGUGGAGACAUUCAGAAUAUGAUUUCAACAGCUAGUUUGAAAGGGAGCCAUCCAGAUGUACGUGUUUUCAGAAUCAGUUUACCUACAUGUUGACCAGGAACUAUAAUAUCCCCAAAACCUUCAACAUAGGCAUGGAGCUGGGAGGCACAGCUGUAAUCAAAGCUGUCCAGCUGUGUGGUCACUCUGCAGUCUAUGGCUCUGACCCUCUGAAGACCUCAUGAAGUUCAGAGAGGCCCAUGAGAAAAAGUGGCAGCUUGAGCCACUCACCUCAAUAGACCCACAAGACCAUUAUUUUUCAAGACUCGACAAUAGCCUCUGGGUCAUAGAUUACUGAUUUCAAGAAAGCUGGUCUUAUUUAAAAUAAGAUGUCUUAU